GCCGGCUGGGCCGGGGCGGCGGACGAGAUGGCGGAAGGUGGAGGGUACCGUGAGCGGCCUGAUGCGGAGACCCAGAAAUCCGAGCUCGGGGCCUUGAUGAGGACCACGCUCCAACGAGGGGCGCAGUGGUAUCUUAUUGACAGCCGGUGGUUCAAGCAGUGGAAGAAGUAUGUGGGUUUCGACAGCUGGGAUAUGUACAAUGUGGGUGAACACAAUCUGUUUCCUGGCCCGAUAGAUAACUCUGGACUCUUCUCAGAUCCCGAGAGUCAGACAUUGAAAGAACAUUUAAUUGAUGAAUUGGACUAUGUAUUGGUCCCAACCGAGGCCUGGAAUAAAUUACUAAACUGGUAUGGCUGUGUAGAAGGCCAGCAGCCCAUUGUCAGAAAAGUUGUGGAGCACGGCCUGUUUGUCAAGCAUUGCAAGGUAGAGGUGUAUUUGCUGGAACUGAAGCUCUGUGAGAAUAGCAACCCCACCAAUGUGCUGAGUUGCCAUUUCAGCAAGGCAGACACCAUCGCAACCAUCGAGAAGGAGAUGCGGAAGCUGUUCAACAUCCCUGCUGAGCGUGAAACACGGCUGUGGAACAAAUACAUGAGUAAUACCUACGAGCAGCUCAGCAAGCUAGACAACACUGUCCAGGAUGCCGGGCUCUACCAGGGUCAGGUGCUAGUAAUUGAGCCCCAAAAUGAAGAUGGCACAUGGCCGAGACAGACCUUGCAGUCAAAAAAGAAAUGAGCAGAAGUUAUGAACAGACAUUUCUCCAAAGAAGACCUAAAAAUGGCCAACAGACACAUGAAAAACUGCUCAAUAUCAUUUGGCAUCAGAGAAAUACAAAUCAAAAUCACAAUGAGAUACCACCUCACACCCAUCAGAAUGGCUAAAAUUAACAAGUCAGGAAACAAAAGCUGUUGGUGAGGAUGCAGAGAAAAGGGAACCCUCUUACACUGUUGGUGGGAAUGUAAGCUGAUACAGCCGUUCUGGGAAAAAAAAAGUAUGGAGUUCCUCAGAAAGUUGAAAAUAGAGCUGCCCUGCAACCCAGCAAUUGCACUAAGUAUUUGUCCCAAAAAUACAAAUGUAGUGAUCCAAAGGGACGCCUGCACUCCAGUGGUUCAUAGCAAUGUCCACAAUAGCCAAACUGUAGAAAGAGCCCAAAUGUCCAUCUACAGAUAAAUGGAUAAAGAUGUGGCAUAUGUGUGUGUGUAUACACACACAUACACAUUGGAAUAUUAUUCAGCCAUAAAAAAUGAAAUCUUGCCAUUUGCAAUGACUUGUAUGGAACUAGAGGGUAUUAUGCUAAGCGAAAUAAGUCAAACAUGAUAGUAUUUCACUUGUGGAAUUUAAGAAAAAACAGGAUCAUAAGGGAAGGGAGGAAAAACCAAGACAAUUAGGGAGACAAAUCAUAAUAAAUUCUUAAUCAUAGGAAAGAAACAGCAUUGCUGGAGUCGAGGGGGAUGGGGUAACUAAAUGAUGGAUGUUAAGGAGGGCACGUGAUGUAAUGAGCAGAUAGGUUUCACUGGCCAUGAACCAGGGAAUGUGGGCAGCCUCUAGAAGUUCUUACAGCCUCUACUAAGGAACACAGCUUUUUAGGUCAGUGAGGAUCAUUUUGGAUUUCUGACCUGCAAAACUGUUAAGAUAAUUUAUGUUGUUUUAAGCCAUUAAGUUUUUGGUGAUUUGUGACAGCAGCAAUCAGAAGGCUAGCCUAAACUGCUAACUCUUUUCUCGGAACUGGAAAUGUCUAGAGCUGAGAAAAAAUAACAUAAAAACUGUGAGGAACCCCCAGGGGAAACAAGGUGGUCAGAUUUCUGUGAGGUAGGGUUAACAACUCAGAGCAGAAGAGGUUGGAUGUACUGGCCAAGGGACACUCUUAGAGUCCUGCCUGUUUCUCUUCCUAGUGCUACUUCUUCACAUCCUUUCCACACCUUGAGGUCUCCGAUUCCAAAGAAGGGACAUAGCUUUUGUAAAAGAGCAAUGCCUCUUUGAAUUUUCCUGAAGGUUAAAGCCUUCCUGCAAUGUGGAGUGAGCCCGUGGCUGGUGAGCCCAGAGUGAGAGUCCUGAGGUACACUCUCUUCUCCCCUCCCCCUAGUAGUGCCAGACACUGUUCUAAAUACUGUAGAUACAGCAAUUAACAAAGUUUCUAUCUCAAGGAACAGUAAAUAGACCAGAAAAGCCCACAUGUCCAAUGAUUUUUAAGUACUGUAGAAAAAAAUCAAGGAAGAAAAUGAGAAAGUGUUAGGCUUUGGGAAGGGUUAGAUUUAAAUAGGAUGAUGGGGAGGCCCCACGGAGGUGCCAUUUGAACAUGAUCACAAAGGAGGUGAGGGAGUCAGCAGCCAGCAGAUUGCUUAAUGAGAAUAAUGUGAGGCUGAGGCACCAGCAGUGCUGGCAGUUCUGAGGUGGAAGCAGGCUUUGUUGAAGACUGGCAGGAGUAUUUUGUGGCUCAUGCCAGAAGGGAUGGCAGGAGGGUUUGGGGGAUGAGGUGGUAGGCCCCAUGGGCCACAUGAGACCAUGGAUUCUACCUGAACUCCAUAGGGAGUUCCUUGGAGAGAUUGCUGUGAGUGGAGGAGUAUGAUCUCACUUGGUGAAUGUUCACAGGGAGCCGUGAUGAGAAGCUGACUGGUAUAGUCAGAGUGAAAGGAAAAUGGCAGAUUGACAGCCUGUGGUAGUGGGAACAUAAUUCAUGUUCCCAGCCUCCUGUGUGGAUGCAGUAAGCAUAAUGAAUAUCAAGCAAAGGAAGGAAAUGGGUCCAUGAAACAGGAAUAAGUAGGCAUCCUUGGGAACAAAGAAUUCAGGAGAUGGGUUGAGUAGCAUAAUGGAUGUAGCUGAAGACUGAAUGAGCAAGUUGGAAGGUCAGGUUUAAGAAUUCUGUAAGGCAUUGGGAUAAAAAGGUGAAAGGUGAAGCACAGUGCUAUAAGGAUGAGUGUAGAAAUGUCAAUAUUUGUAUAAUAGAAAUCUCAGAAGCAGAGAGGAAAUGACAGGAAGAAGGGGAAGAACAUGUUUGAGAAUAUAAUGACCAAGAGUUUCUCAGAAAUCCUAAGAGGAAAAGGUCUGUAAUUUAAAGAAUGCUAAACAUGACAGAUGGAAGGAAGAAAGCCCACGCCUCGACACACUACAGUGAAAAUUUAACAAAGAUGUAGAGAAAAUUCCAAAUUUUUUGAAAGGAAGUCACAAAGGAACAAGCAGACCAGUAUCAAAUUUGAUCUAUUGAUCUAAGAGCUACUUUUUUCAGUGUCAAAGUAAAAUGGCUUUAAAAGCAGAAUUUUGUAUCUUACUAAACUGUUAUUAAACGUAGUAUUUUUUUCCUCUAGCAUAGCUGACCUUGGAAGGUUUUCCGCACAGAGCUCUUGAGUGGGGAAAGUACUUUUAAGAGCUCAGCGGCAUGCGGUAGAAUCCAUAACACAUAUGGGAGAGCACAUAGCUAAGGAAGUGUUCUUUUGGUCAGAAGAACAAGGGUUUUGUGAUUUUGGAGUAAGCAAACAUUUCUUAACAUGAGACAACCCCACAAACCAUGGAGAAGGAAAUGGAUAGAAGGGGUGACUGAUUUACAAGUUAAGAACUUCACUAGAGAGUAAAAAGGCAAGCCACGGGGUGAGAAAAGAUAUUUGCAAUACAUAUGUCUGACACAUUGCCUAUAUGCAGAAUUUUGAAGAAACACCUCCAAGUCAAUAAGUAAGUUAGGCAACCCCAUUAGAAAAGAGGCAAAAAGGGGAUCCCUGGGUGGCGCAGCGGUUUGGCGCCUGCCUUUGGCCCGGGGCGCGAUCCUGGAGACCCGGGAUCGAAUCCCACAUCGGGCUCCCGGUGCAUGGAGCCUGCUUCUCCCUCUGCCUGUGUCUCUGCCUCUCUCUCUCUCACUGUGUGCCUGUCAUAAAUAAAGUA